AUGUCCAUUAGCCUUCAUGACGGCGUGCCUGUGAGCGCGUGGAAGGGGUUGCACCGGUACUACAAGGAGCUGGGCUUGAAGUGCUACGAUGUGGAAUGGCCGCCGGCGGCCAAGCGGUUAAACUAUGGCGUUAUCGCGCGUGUACAAAAGUGCCCUCGUUCGCAGGAUUUAUUGAGGCUCAAAACUGCAGCCCUUGAUGUGCCUUUCUUUGGACAGGGACUCAACGACUUUGAACAGUCUGCUCCCUUAGGCACAGUGAAGGGGUACUGGAGCUGUCAUGGAUUUAGCCAGAAUGCGGAACAGCUGGAACAAGGCCACUACGACCAUGUGCUACAAGAAAUGGGUAACGGAAUAGUAGACCGAGGCGCAGUGGAUCGGGAGCUUGAGGAACUAAGACCCUUAUUUAGUCAUGUAGUAGUAGUCAGUUCCACAGAAGGAUAUGUUGACCGGGAGCUAAAACGAAUUAUGAUCUUUAACGAAAUCGCCAAUAGCCAAGCUGCGGAAUUCUAUGUAUUGGAAUCCUUGCUGCGAGCCGGCUGGUGGAAAGUUGGGACCAAAGAUAAAAGCAGGGAAUCAGCAAGGUUCGUCUCCAUCCCGUUAAGCGACCUCUGGACAUUCCCUGGGGCCUGUAUCAAAGUCAUUGAAAAAUUAGUUGUCGACGAGAAGGUUGGAACACAACAUUUCGACCUAGUAUCCAAGCCCGUCAAGCACAACAUGACUGCGAAAUGCACUUGCUCAAAGUACUUGGAACACCCCGCCGCAAGAUCCUACCUUGUAUUCCCUUGUCAACGGAUAAAACAAUACCUGCAAGACAACCCGACACUAGAAAGGCCCGACACUGACAUGACGUUGCAUCUUUACAACCUGAAGGACAGAUACAUCAAGCUUUAUCUUGAGAAAAUGACGCAUCAAUAG